AUGAAAUACAAAGAGACUGGGCAGCACAUAAAAAGAAUUCUGAACGACCUAGCGGAAAUGAAUAAUGACACAAGUGCCUGUUUCAGUGCAGGGCCUAUAAACUCGGACAACCUGCUUGUCUGGAAGGCAACCAUUUUUGGGCCAGAGGGAACGCCAUAUGAAGGAGGAUCUUUUGAGUUUGACAUAGUUUUUCCACUAAACUACCCUUAUGCCCCUCCAAAGGUAAGGGUUUGCACAAAGAUAUUUCACUGCAACAUAAAAGAUACACACAUUUGCCUUGAUAUUAUUGGGAAGGAAUGGUCAUCGGCUUUAACAAUAUCAAAGGUAUUGCUGUCUAUUACGUCACUUUUGGCAGAUCCAAACCCAUUAGACCCAUUAGAUACAAAUAUAUCCAAGCUAUACAAUGAGAGCAAUGCAGAGUAUAUGCGAAUAGCCAGAGAGUGGACACAGAAGUAUGCCAUGCUAUAG